UUCUAUCGAAUCGCCCCCCGAGUUUAAACGCACGCACUCGUGCAAAAGAAGCUCGCAUUUUCGCGUUUUUCACCCACGUAGAAGGCAAAUAAUCUUUCCAUCUACGAGUUUUCUGCCGCGUCAAAGUAAUUUUCUUGUUUUCGCUGUUGUGAAUUUAUUUUUGAAUUCCGAAUAGUAGUUAAGUACCAUUGGUGAUUACGAAAUUUGCUGCCAAAGGGACGCCUCAAUUGCUCAGUGCAGUACUUUUUUUUGUCAAUAGAUUGAGUCUGCUACAAAAUGGUUAACAACGACAAACAGCAGAUACAGGAGGAUGAAAAUACCAUUGCUGACAAUACGGUUGUGCAAAAGUAUAAAACUGCUGGGGCGAUCGUCAACAAAACCCUCCAGAAUCUGAUCCAGUCGUGUAAAGUAGGAGCAUCGGCGAAGGCGCUCUGUCAGAAGGGAGAUAACCUGCUGGAACAGGAAGCAAACAAGAAAUACAAAAAUGAGGAAGACAUGAAAAAAGGAAUCGCUUUCCCGACAUGCCUCUCGGUAAACAAUUGCAUUUGCCAUUUCUCGCCCUCGAAAAACGAUCCGGACUAUGCACUGAAAGUGGGCGAUGUUGUGAAGAUUGAUCUCGGAGCGCACAUUGAUGGUUUUAUUGCAGUGGCGGCCCAUACAAUCGUAGUCGGUGCUACAGCGGAAAAUAAGUGCAAAGGUCGUACGGCCGAUGUCAUACUGGCUGCACACUACGCCAGUCAAGCCGCUCUACGGUUACUAAAGGACGGCAUUAGCAACUAUGCCGUGACAGAUGCCGUACAGAAGAUCGCCAGCGAGUACAAGUGCAAACCGAUCGAGGGCAUGCUCAGUCAUCAGCUGAAACAGUUCAAGAUCGACGGAGAAAAGACCAUCAUUCAGAAUCCGACGAUCGCGCAAAAGAAAGAGCAUGAGAAAUGUCAAUUUGAAAAGUAUGAGGUGUACGCAAUGGACGUACUCGUUAGCACUGGCGAGGGACUCGGUAAGGAACUGGGCACCAAGGUUUCCAUUUACAAGAAGACGGAUGAAAAUUAUUUGCUCAAAUUGAAGGCGUCUCGUGCGUUUUAUGCUGAGGUGAAGAAAAAGUACGGCACGAUGCCAUUUAACUUGCGUAACUUCGAAGAGGAGGCUAAGGCCAAAAUGGGUGUGAAUGAAUGUGUAACCCACAAACUGGUUGAGCCUUUCCAAGUAUUAUAUGAAAAACACAAUGAAAUCGUCGCCCAGUUCAAAAACACCGUACUGAUUCUUCCAAAUGGCCUACAAAUUGUGACCAGCAAUACGUUCGAUUCAAGCAAUUUUGAAAGUGAGUACAGUGUACAGGACGAAGACAUGAAAAAGCUUCUGGAGAGCGACCUGGUACUGGCUGAUGCUAAAAAAUCUGCGGUAGUUAAUUUGACUAAAUCGUCCACGAACGCCGGGAAUGCCACCACCACCACCACUAUAGCCACCGGUACAGCGGCACCCGUUGGUGAUGGUGCUUCAACUACAGGAGCAGCAAAGGAUAAGAAGAAAAAGAAGAAGAAGAAGGCUGCGGCAGCAGCUGCUGCCUCAGAAUCUGGAGCUGGUGAUACGAAUACAGCAACCGCGGCUUCGAAAGCGACGACGGGCUCAAACAAGGAAAAUGCGAUCAAGCCAUAAUAUCCUACUACCCACACUGCAGCCGUUCGUUGAACAAAGUUCAGUGCAUUCGAUACGCGUUUUUGUCGAUUUCUCCCUGCUACUCCCAGCCUCCCCAUUCUUUACGACUUCUGUUAAAUGUUCGCCACCAACAGCGACAUAUAUUGUAGAAUAGUCUAAGUUUCUUUCUGCUUAUUGGUUGGUUGGUUACAAAAGCGCUUAGAGAAAUCACGCGUUCGAUACUUGUUUCAAUGAAAAACGUUAAAAAAAAUGUCAAAAGAUGUUAAUCUUCGUACAGUAAACAUAGUCCGAUAGUUUUUGUGUCAAAUUUUACGAUUGGCACACUGAAUGCUAGCAAUAAUCGCGUCACGCACGACUUGAAAACGUCUGCUGAACAUCAUUUGAGAAUCCAGAAAAUCCUUUAAUGAAGCGCUUCAAGUCCAAUCCGUACUAGUACUGCGCAUCAUUAAUACUUCCCACUGGAAAGUAUAUCUAAACCAUAAUAAAUGAUUCAUUCUAUUCAGUGCAGGAAGAAAAAAAAGAUUGUAGAACACGUACCUAGUACCUUUUACUGAAAAAAAAAUGCAAAAGUCGUUUUGUUGGAACAGUAUAAUGUACAAUUCAAUCAUUCAUAUUGUAUAAUAAAGCCACAGUCAAGUCGUUUGCAAGAAUGUAAUUCUGUUUUUUUUUCGUAAUAAAUUUGACAAAACUA